AUGACUUCUCGCUCUCGCCCUACUCCCACGGCAAGCAGCAGCGAUCAGGCGAUCAGAAUCGUUUAUCCUCGAAAGCCUCCCCUCGCGUCAUGCACCGGUCAUCGUAUCUCCUUCUGUAGAAUCACCGCCGACGUCUUACAGUCCUUGACUCACUUGCCUCAACCAGAAGCAGCUCGUCAACUGGGCAUCUCGCUGUCAGCUUUCAAGAACGCCUGCAAGGCACUAGGGCUUGGGCGAUGGCCUUACAAGAGGAAGAAGGUUCGUAGCAAAGAGGCAACUACGCAACUCGUGCAACCCAACACAUCAGUCAGUUCUACUUCUUUACACGAGACCAGCUGUCAAGCAUUGAUGCAAGAGCCGUCUAGCAUUGGUCAUGCCGUCAGCUCGAUCGAAGAUUUCUUCGCCUCACCUCCGACACCUCGGAACUACGGGGAGAACAUGGGAGAUGUGGUGCUACACAUCGAUCAAGAUUGGCUAAAUCGAUACAUGGAUCUUGGAUUCGACGAGGACGUGCUGUAG